AUGUCUAUCAGCGAGUGUGUUGGUGUUGGUGUUGGAGUUGGAGUUGGAGUUGGUCUCGAGCUCCAAGAAAUUCAGUCGAUGUCGCGCCCGAGAAAAGGGGAAGCCGCCCGAGCCACUAGCGCUGAUUGCGGUUUAGACCCUGCAUGUCACCGUAUGGAUGGGAUUCAAUGCAGAUUUGAAGAUCACCAACAAACCCCAGCUCACGACUACUGUCAAUACCAACGACAACGACAAUAUUAUUGUCAAAAUGGCCGCCGUUCACGCGACAACUUCCUCCAUUCUCUCAUCUUUUCUGCCUCGAUUAUCCACAUCAUCAGUCUUCAAUGCCUCACGAUCCACGACUCUCUACUCCAGACGGCUCUCUCUCCCGCUGAUGCCAUCCCUCGCCCUCGUCAUUCCCUCCGCGAUACAUCUCAAUGUGCCAGGGCUCGUGGAAGAGAUAUGGGAGUCGAUACUACGGGCUGUGCCGAAGAAGAAGACAUCACACAUGAAGAAGCGCUCGAGAAUGAUGGCUGGAAAGGGAUUGAAGGACGUGACGGCCUUGAACAAGUGCUCGGCGUGUGGACAUGUCAAGAGGGCGCAUCUACUGUGCCCGUACUGCGUCUCUGUGCUAAGACUACUACAGAAAUCAAAGCCAUGUUCACGCGCAACACCAAAAAGCCAGCGCAAGCAGCUAAGGCAGACGGACCAGGGGACGCACUCUUUCCAAUUCAUAUACUUGGGUAUCGACAUCAACACUUCAACCUGCAUAAAUUCUUGACAUGUUCCUCCGAACCCAUUGACAAUGCCCACCCGACUGACAUAUUCUCCCUCGCCGUAACACCCACCCAGAUCCUCUCCGCCUCCGGCUCCUCAUCCAUAAAGAUCCACUCCACGCUCUCCCCGGACAUCCCCCUCGCCCAAACUCUGUCCGGCGCCCACAAGCUUGGCUGUCACCACAUCGUCACCUCGCGCAACGGCCGCUUUGCCGCCAGCGCGGGUUUCGGCGGUGAGGUCAAGACCUGGAGCAUCUCCGAGGACACCGGGGAGUGGAGCGAAGAAGGCACAAUCACAGACGGGAACCACGCCGGCGAGAUCUGGGCCGUGGCCUUGAGCGAGGACGGACACUUCCUCGCGAGCACGACGUACGAUGGCCGCAUCAACGUUUGGGAUGUCUUUGGUGGGAGGAAGAAGAUCAGGGAAUAUGAGACCAAAGGCAGCUUUGGGAUGUGCAUCGAUAUGAGCCGCGAUGGGAAGUUUACGGCGAGCGGGCAUGAGAAUGGCGGCGUGUAUGUGUUUAAUAAUGAUACGGGGAGGAUUCUCUACUCGCUACCCGGUCUGGUUAAGCCAGUACGCACCGUCUCCUUCUCGCCAGCCAGCACCCGUCUCGCAGCAGCAGGAGACGCCCGAGUCAUUGCCCUCUACGAUGUCCAACACGGAGAGCAAGUCGCAAACCUCACGGGUCACCAAGCGUGGAUCUUGUCGGCGGACUGGAGUGAUACCGGCGAGUACCUGCUCAGUGGCUCAUUUGAUGGGAAGGUCAAGGUGUGGUCGAUUGACCAGAGGACGUGUGUGGCUACGCAUAGCGAGACUGACAAGGCUCUGUGGUGCGUGAAGUGGUUGCCGAAGACUGGGCGCAGCGAGGCUUUUGCUACGGCUGGUGCGAAUAGGAGUAUCUCUUUGUAUAGAGAGGCCACUGGGGGUUAA